AUGGCAAGUAUUAUUACAAUUCUACGAAUGCCGCCGUUAACAUCAUCAACAGCUUACAUUGCUGUUCUGGCGGCUGGUGAUAAUUUUGCUUUGAUAACCAAACUUGUACUACAUCAACUAACAAAACACGAUGUGAUUGGUGUUUGGGGCUGUAGACUCUUAUACUAUUUAGGAUCAUUUUCUAUAAUGUAUGUCAAUUGGAUUUUAGUCGCUAUGACCGUCGAACGUUUUAUUGCUAUCUGGUUUCCUUUGAAAGUUGUGAACUAUUGCAACUGGAAAAACGCCUGUUACGCGAUGACUGGUGUUGCAGUGGUGCUACUGUUAGCUAACCUUCAAUUUCUGUGGUCUCAAACACAAUCUUCCGACGGGAAAGGAGAUAUUCAUUGUAAAUUUCAAACAGAGUAUGAAACGUUUAUAUAUCUUUACUGGUACUGGAUUGACGGAGCUCUAUAUGCCAUUGUACCGUGUAUUUUAUUGUUUGUGUUUAACUUUCUGAUUAUAUUUGGUAUACGAAAAUCAACAAGGAUUCAAGAAGGUUUGAUUCAUAACAAAUCACGACAUACGACGGAAACAAUGAAACAGCAACGUCAGAUUACUAUUAUGCUAGUGGUUGUUUCUGUUGUGUUUGUAUUAUUAAUAUUACCAAAUUGUUUAUUCUUUAUUAUCAAAGCCUAUUGGAUCUACACACCAAACUCAUACGAACAUGUUAUUUUCCUGCUUACAGAGCAACUUAUUUUUGUUUUAGCGGAUAGUAAUCACGCCGUUAACUUUUACUUGUAUUUUCUAAGUGGUAAAAAAUUUCGCAAACGUUUUUUUGACACUAUUUUCUGUAGGCAUAUUGCUCGUCGCACAUCAACUGAGUUUAAACGAUCAAGUAACAACGACAGCACUGGCACAUCAAACUCUUUUUCUCCGUUACAUAGACAUCAAACUUCUUUCUGA